AUGAAGUUCGCCGCUAUCCUCGCUUCCGCCUCCGUUGCCGCCGCUGCUGCCAUCAGCAAGCGCGACGUUAUCUUCAAGGUCUCCAACUUCGGCGCUAGCUGCGUGCCCCACAGCACCCAGUGCUCUUACGGAUUCACCGUCAUCCAGCCCGGCACCAUGGAAACCACCGGUGUCAACUGCACCGCCCUCGUCACCGGCAACCCUAGCGGCCUCCUCCCCGACGUCACGGAUGGCACCUGCGGUUUCUCCUCGCGCACCUUCGACAUCGUCCGCGGCGUCGAGGGCCUUACCCUCACCGUCUCCCAGCCCGUCUCCCCCACCAGCAACCAGACUGGCUCCCACCUUCUCUCCAACUGCGAAUUUGAAAUCUCCAACCAGCCCAACGCCGUUGUCCAGCACUACACCGGUUCCCCCUCUUUCGACCUCAUCACCCCUGUGUAUAAUUAA